AUGGGGGGCUUCUCUGCGGAUUCCCAGCAGGGAUUUUUAGUCGGGGUCACUGAGAAGCGCGCCACGCCUACCAUCCCCCAACUCACCUGGAAACAGCACCAUCCAGUGUGGGUUGAUCAGUGGCCCCUAUCUGAGACCAAACUGCGCGCACUGGAAGCCCUUGUGGAAGAGCAGCUUGCCAAGGGCCACAUCACUGAGUCCAACAGCCCUUGGAACUCCCCUGUCUUUGUCCUACGCAAACCAGGCAAGGACAGGUGGAGACUCCUUCAUGACCUCCUGAAGAUCAACGAUGUCAUUGAGGACAUGGGACCCCUCCAGCCUGGCAUGCCCUCCCCUUCAAUGCUCCCUCGGGAUUGGAAGCUGGCUGUCAUUGACAUCAAGGACUGUUUUUUCAACAUACCACUCCAUCCUCGGGACGCUCCCAGAUUUGCAUUCUCGGUUCCCUCUCCAAACAGACAAGCACCUUUAAAAAGAUACCAUUGGCUGGUCCUUCCUCAGGGGAUGAAAAAUUCUCCUACCAUCUGCCAAUGGUACGUGGCCCACAUCCUGUCACCUGUGAGGACCCUGUUCCCAGAUGCUGUCAUCCUCCACUACAUGGAUGACAUCCUGGUUUGUGCUGCCGACGAUGACUGUCUGCACCGGAUUUUACAAAAAACUAUCCAGACAAUUGAGGAUGCUGGAUUUGAGAUCUGUGAGGACAAGAUCCACCACACCUGCCCUUGGACCUACCUGGGACUCCAGAUCCGCGAGCAGACAAUCGUGCCCCAGCAGCUGACCAUCAAAGACGACCCCAAGACCCUGCGGGACCUACAUCAGCUCUGCGGGUCCAUCAACUGGAUACGCCCUCUGCUUGGGGUAACAACAGAAGUCCUUGUGCCCCUCUUCAACCUGCUCCGUGGCAGUGAGGCCCUCGACUCACCACGCUCCCUCACGCCAGAGGCCCGGGAAUCCAUCACCAAGGUCCAGGAGGCCCUGUCUUCACGACAAGCCCACCGGUAUGAGCCCAGCCUGCCCUUCCAGCUGGUUAUCCUGGGUAAGGCCCCGCGCUUACACGCGCUCAUUUUUCAAUGGGACACUGCAUUGAAGGAUCCUCUCCUUAUCAUUGAGUGGAUCUUUACACAUAAUCAGCCCACUAAGACCAUUACCACUCUGCAGGAAAUCAUGGCUGAACUCAUUAAAAGAGCUAGAGUCCAUCUCCGUACUCUUGCAGCCUGUGAGUUCACCUGCAUCUUCCUCCCAUUGGCAACUGGAAGUUUGGAGCCUUUGCUCCAAACCAAUGAGAGCCUUCAGUUUGCUCUCGAUAGCUAUUCAGGCCAAAUUUCUAUACACCCACCUGGCCACAGACUUUUCAAAACAACAUUUAAUUUGGUCCCCAAAUCAUUACAGAGCAAAACACUGCUCCAGGCCCUGACGGUUUUCACAGGUGGCUCAGGGAAAUCCCACAAGUCAGUCAUGACUUGGAAAGACCCCAGGACACAGAAAUGGGAGUCUGAUGUCCAAGUGGUCGAGGGAUCACCACAGAUUGCUGAGUUAGCAGCCGUUGUCAGAGCUUUUGAGAAAUUCCAAGAACCUUUCAAUCUGGUGACUGAUUCGGCUUAUGUGGCUGGAAUAGCUAUGAGAGCAGAACAUGCAUUUCUAAAAGAGGUCUCUAACCCAAAUUUAUACAAAUUGCUUUCUGAAUUAGUAUAUCUUAUCUCCCACAGAAAGCAACCUUACUAUGUCAUGCAUGUGAGGGCGCACACAGACCUCCCAGGUGCCAUUGCUGAAGGAAACAGGAGGGCAGACGCCUUAGCCAUGCCUGCUGGGGCAGCCAAUGUCCCUGACAUUUUCACACAAGUGAAAUUGUCCCACCAGUUCUUCCACCAAAACGUGCCUGCACUGAUGAGAAUGUUCAGACUACCCAGAGACCAAGCUAGAGCAAUAGUUGCCACCUGUCCCAAUUGCCAGUCGUUCCAAAUACCUGUUGUUAACUCCUGGGUUUACCCCCGAGGACUGAAGAGUUGCCAGAUAUGGCAAACCAAUGUCACUCAUGUCCCGUCCUUCGGGAGAGUCAAAUAUGUACAUGUCUCUGUAGACACCUUCUCUGGUGCAGUGUUUGCCUCAGCCCAUGCAGGAGAAAAUGCCAAGCACACCAUCCGACAUUUUCUCCUUGCUUUUGCUACCCUGGGAGUCCCAGAACAAAUUAAAAUAGACAAUGGACCUGGUUACACCUCUCACAAAUUAAGAGACUUUUUCAAUGAGUGGGGGGUGAAACACACCACGGGCAUUCCUCAUUCUCCUACAGGGCAAUCAAUAGUAGAGAGAACCCACCAAAACCUAAAAAGAGUCCUUGAUCACCAGUGGGGAGGAACAGAAAUCAUUCCCCCCAUUGAGAGGCUCUGUAAGGCUCUAUAUGUCAUGAACUUUCUAAAUUGCUCGCCUACAGAGCCUGACCCCCCUGUAAUACGGCACUUCUCUAAUUCAACUCAUGCCAAACUCACAGAGAAGCCGCCAGUGCUGAUCAAGGAUCCUGAAUCACAACUGACAUCGGGACCUUUCCCACUGAUUACCUGGGGGAGAGGGUCCAAAAAAACAGCAAUCCACUGCAGCCUGGAAACGGAGACGUUGUCGGAGUCCACCGAACCGACCUGCCACCAGACCAACAACCAGACAGAGGCCAAACCGUCCUGCUACCAGGGCCGCAACGAGACGACUGCCAACGUCACGCCUGACACCAUGACAGUACACGAGUCUUCUUAA